AUCAUACUAUUAGGCUUGGUGUGCUUAACUAAGUUAUUGUGGGUUAGGUGCUGCUGCAGAGCCAAGACAAAACACGAAGACGAGAAUUUCAAAGAGAAGCAUGGCGGAGGACGGCGCUAAACCAUCGCCGGCGGUCCACCCGGCGAUUGCGCCACUCUCUUACCUUCUGGGUUCAUGGAAAGGCCAAGGCGAAGGCGGCUUCCCCACCAUCAACUCCUUCUCUUACGGCGAACAACUCCAUUUCUCUCACUCCGGCAAGCCGGUGAUAGCUUACACUCAGAAGACUUGGAAAUUGAACUCCGGUGAGCCUAUGCACGCUGAGAGUGGCUUUUGGCGGCCCAAGCCUGAUGGGACCAUCGAGGUUGUCAUCGCUCAAAGCACUGGUCUUGUUGAAGUUCAGAAAGGGACGUACAAUGCAGAAGAAAAAGUGAUAAACCUUCAAACUGAGCUAGUGGGAAAUGCAACAAAGGUAAAAGAGAUAACCAGAGUUUUUAAGUUGGUUGAUGGAGAACUGUCUUAUGAGGUUCAGAUGGCUACAAAUCUCAACAGUCUUCAACCACAUCUAAAAGCCUCGCUCAAGAGAGUGAAGCAAUAUGUUGUAGAUAAAGUGAAAUUUACAAGUUAGCAUCAAAAUUUGUAGUCAUAGAUCACUGCUCUUGCUGCAGCUAAUGAAAAACAGUUUCAUUUCUUUAUUUUGUUAGUGGUAUCAACAGCGGUAGGCAAGUAUCAUUGUACAAGCUUUGGAUUCACCUAUCUGGCUAAUUUGAGCAUUGGUUUUCAACAAUUUGCUAACUUCAGCAUAAAAAUCAAAUUUAUGAUUAUUGAAGCGCAGUUCCUCAAUUCCUCCAAUAA